UCCCGCGUCCCUCAGCUCCGGGAUGGACCCGGAGCUGGAGCCGGAUCCCGGACAGACAGCCACGUCAACCUAAACCUACACCACCCUCCCCACCGCGCCGCUGCGGCGGGUCUCCGGCCGCGUCCUCCACGCCUUUCCCACAAUGCCCCGCAGUAGGCUCCGCCCAGGCUCGCCGUGGAGAGCGGCGCGCGAGGAACGAGGAGCGGACCGGAGCUGUCCGCGCGCUCUCGCUGCCGGUGCGGGGCGUGCUCCCCCAUCCCGAGCUCGGCGGCCUGGCGGUCGGAGAGUGCGUGCUUUCCUUCUCCGCGCACAGUUUGGGUUCGACUGGACAGGGUCCGCCGGGGAUUGAGGAUGGGGGAGUAGCCGCUGGAGGCUUCACAGAGAUUAACAUUUUUGGAGACAAUCCGUUGAUACUUGAUUCACCCUUGAAGUUAUGCGGACAGAAGUUCUCAAAUUUGCGUAUUACAUCAGCUGGACCCAGCAGUCUGUCUUAAUGUUCACUUAAACCAGAGCUUGUAUAAGAAUGAGAAUGGGAGUCUGGUUAAAUAAGGAUGAUUAUAUCAGAGACUUAAAAAGAAUCAGUCUCUUUCUUCUCAUAGUGUAUAUGGCUGUUUUAGUGGGCACAGAUCAGGAUUUUUACAGUUUACUUGGAGUAUCCAAAACUGCAAGCAGUAGAGAAAUAAGACAAGCUUUUAAGAAAUUAGCAUUGAAGUUACAUCCUGAUAAAAACCCAAAUAACCCAAAUGCACAUGGUGAUUUUUUAAAAAUAAAUAGAGCAUAUGAAGUACUUAAAGAUGAAGAUCUUCGGAAGAAGUAUGACAAAUAUGGAGAAAAAGGACUUGAAGAUAAUCAAGGAGGCCAGUAUGAAAGCUGGAACUAUUAUCGUUAUGAUUUUGGUAUUUAUGAUGAUGAUCCUGAAAUCAUAACAUUGGAGAGAAGAGAAUUUGAUGCUGCUGUUAAUUCUGGAGAAGUGUGGUUUGUAAACUUUUACUCCUCAGGAUGUUCACACUGCCAUGAUUUAGCUCCCACUUGGAGAGACUUUGCUAGAGAAGUGGAUGGAUUACUUCGAAUUGGAGCUGUGAACUGUGGUGAUGAUAGAAUGCUUUGCCGAAUGAAAGGAGUCAACAGUUAUCCUAGCCUCCUCAUUUUUAGAUCCGGAAUGGCUGCAGUGAAAUAUUAUGGAGACAGAUCAAAGGAAAGUUUAGUGAGUUUUGCCAUGCAGCAUAUUAGAAGCACAGUGUCGGAAUUAUCAACAGGAAAUUUUGUUAACUCCAUACAAACUGCUUUUGCUGCUGGUAUUGGCUGGCUGAUCACCUUUUGUUCCAAAGGAGGAGAUUGUUUGACUUCACAGACACGACUUAGGCUUAGUGGCAUGUUGGAUGGCCUUGUUAACGUAGGAUGGAUGGACUGUGCCACCCAGGACAACCUUUGUAAAAGUUUGGAUAUUACAACAAGUACUACUGCUUAUUUUCCUCCUGGAGCCACUUUAAAUAGCAAGGAGAAAAACAGUAUUUUGUUUCUUAAUUCACUGGAUGCUAAAGAGAUAUAUUUGGAAAUAAUACGUAAUCUUCCAGAUUUUGAACUACUUUCGGCAAGCACAUUAGAGGAUCGUUUGGCACAUCAUCGGUGGCUCUUAUUUUUUUAUUUUGGAAAAAAUGAAAAUUCAGAUGAUCCUGAGUUGAAAAAACUGAAAACUCUACUUAAAAAUGAUCAUAUUCAGGUCGGAAGGUUUGACUGCUCCUCUUCACCAGACAUCUGUAGCAAUCUCUAUGUUUUUCAGCCUUGUCUAGCAGUAUUUAAAGGACAAGGAACCAAAGAAUAUGAAAUUCAUCAUGGAAAGAAGAUUUUAUAUGACAUACUUGCCUUUGCCAAAGAAAGUGUUAAUUCUCAUGUUACCACACUUGGACCUCAAAAUUUUCCUUCCAAUGACAAAGAACCAUGGCUUGUUGACUUUUUUGCCCCGUGGUGUCCACCAUGUCGAGCUUUAUUGCCAGAGCUUCGAAAAGCAUCAACACUUCUUUAUGGUCAACUUAAAUUUGGUACACUAGACUGUACAGUUCAUGGACAACUCUGUAACAUGUAUAACAUUCAGGCUUAUCCAACAACAGUGGUAUUCAACCAGUCCAGUAUCCAUGAGUAUGAAGGACAUCACUCUGCUAAACAGAUCUUGGAGUUCAUAGAGGAUCUUAGGAAUCCUUCAGUGAUCACUCUUACACCGUCCACUUUCAGUGAACUAGUUAAACAAAGAAAACACGACGAAGUCUGGAUGGUAGAUUUUUAUUCUCCGUGGUGCCAUCCAUGUCAAGUCUUAAUGCCAGAAUGGAAAAGAAUGGCCCGGACAUUAACUGGACUGAUCAAUGUAGGCAGUGUAGACUGCCAACAGUAUCAUUCUUUUUGUGCCCAAGAAAAUGUUCAAAGAUACCCUGAGAUAAGAUUUUUUCCCAAAAAAUCAAAUAAAGAUUAUCAAUAUCAUAGUUACAAUGGUUGGAAUAGAGAUGCUUAUUCCCUAAGAAUCUGGGCUCUAGGAUUUUUACCUCAAGUAUCCAUAGAUUUAACACCUCAGACUUUCAGUGAAAAAGUUUUACAAGGGAAAAAUCAUUGGGUGGUUGAUUUCUACGCUCCUUGGUGUGGGCCUUGCCAAAAUUUUGCUCCAGAAUUUGAGCUCUUGGCUAGGAUGGUUAAAGGAAAAGUGAAAGCUGGGAAAGUAGACUGUCAGGCUUAUGCCCAAACAUGUCAAAAAGCUGGUAUCAAAGCCUAUCCAACUGUUAAAUUUUAUUCCUACGAAAGAACAAAGAAAAAUAUUUGGGAAGAGCAAGUAAAUGCCAGAGAUGCAAAAACAAUUGCUGACUUUAUUCAUGGAAAAUUGGAAACUCUUCAAAAUCAAGGAAAGAGAAAUAAGGAUGAACUUUGAUGUUGAAAAAUGGAAGAAAAAUUGAAAAGAAAAAAAAAGUCUGAAAAUAGCAUCAGAAGACACCUUUUAAUAAAGAAUGCUAACUAUGUUCCUGGUGGAAAUUAAUGAACAUUACCUUGGACAUGUAAUUGCACUGCCUGAAUUCUGAACAACAUUGGUAUAAAAUGAAAGGUCUGCAAACUUCCUGUAAAGGGCCAGAUCAUAAAUGUUUUAAGUUUUGCAGACCAUAUAUGGUUUUUUGUUAAAUUUUCUUUGUUGUCUGUAAUGAUCCUUUUAAAAAAUAGAAAAACCAUUCUUAGCUCAGGGCCAUACAAAGUAUAAACCAUAGUCCAAAUUCAGUCUUUGGGCCUAUAGUGCUAACUCCUAGAAAUGGUGUUUUGAAUGUCUGGCUCUAAUGAGUCUACUCUGCUGUUAUCUACAUACUGUACAAAGUGGAUUUUUUUUUUUUUUCCUCCCCACUUGCAGUAUUUUGGCUGGCCUGGAAAGAGGCAAGUUGGUUUCUGGUCACCUCCUAAAAACCAUGUCUGACCAUAUAUUUUGUUUUUAAAAAACACCCAUGCAAUAGAAAAAUACAGAUACCUGUUUUCAUGCUGUAUCUCCAUUUCAUCUUUUAAAGGUUGAAGAAAUGCUUUAAAUUUUUCAUAAUUGAAAAAACUUUUUGCAACACUUGUAAGUGCAAAAAAAUGCUAUAGACUGCCCUAUCAUCUGGAAAAAAAAAAAAAAUCCAAGGGGGAAAAAAUUACAACAAUUAAAUGGGCAUUAUAGAGUACCUACCCCCAAAUAUAUCAAGUAUUUAGAGCUCUAUAUUUUAAAGAUUUAUUUUUCUGAAAUUGUUUUCAUAAAAAUUUUGCCACUGAUAGAUACCUCCAAUAUUUACGUAAUUUGCCUUUUGAGUUUUCUUUUGACCUGUAUCAUUUAUUUACACUAAUUUCCCCCAUAGUUAUGGUUUUCAAUCUAUUCAUUAUUCAAAUAGGAAAGAUAAUUUCAAAGACUUUACUGUAGCUCACAUAGAUACUGUGUGGUUAUUUAUUCCAGUUAUUCGUUUACUGUCAGGGGCUGCUUAUUCAGAUAUUGGCAUAAUAACUGAAGUUAUUUUUUUAAGAAAAUCAAGUAUAUAAUUCUAGAAUGGGAUCUUUUAGUUUCAGAGUUGUUAAGACUCAAAGUUUUUUCCUUCCAUUUUAACAAAACUGAGUAACCUGUAGUUGUUUAGUUAUAAUUCAAAAUAUAUGGAGUGGUACAAAUUUAAAUUGAUCAGAAGUCAAUAAAAGAAUCUUUUUUCAUUUUCCAAAAACCUA